AUGUCUUUCCUAACAUGGCCGUUCUUCCUCCUCAUACCGGCUUUCGUUCUGUUACACCUGUUCGUUUCGCCGUACACGAAAGUUGAGGAAUCAUUCAAUAUCCAGGCUAUUCAUGAUAUCUUGGUACAUGGAAUACCUACAGAGAACUCUGAUCAGUUCUUGACAUCGAACUACGAUCAUGUCAGUUUUCCUGGGAGCGUGCCAAGGACUUUUGCAGGCGCUCUGGUCUUGAGUGGGUUGAGCAGGCCGUUUGUUGGGGAUAUGGCCCAGGCACAACUGCUCAUCAGGGCAGUACUUGGGCUACUCAAUGCGGCCUCGCUCAUUGCAUUCGGAAGGAGCGUGCAGAAGGCUUUUGGUACUAGUGCUGGUGUUUGGUAUGCUUUGUUUCAAGCAAGCCAAUUCCAUGCCAUCUACUAUGCUUCGAGGACGCUGCCCAAUAUGUUUGCUUUUGUGUUCAGCAACUUGGCGUUACGAAGCUUGUUGCUCGCAUACACCGUACCAUGGAGCACUUCAAACAUCUCAGGGUACUACCGACUGACCUUGUAUCUGCUCACGGUCGCGGGUGUGGUCUUCCGCUCGGAGCUAGCAAUCUUAGUGGGAACAAUCACCAUCUAUCUGUUCAUCACACGAAGGAUCUCGAUCACAAAUGUCAUCAUCCCAGCUGGAAUUGGUGGCCUCGUCAUUGGGCUCCUUUGUACCGUGCCUUUGGAUUCCUUCUUCUGGCAGUCUUUCCCGCUUUGGCCCGAAUGGACGGGCUUCUAUUACAACACCAUUCAAGGUCAUUCAGCUGAUUGGGGCGUAUCGCCAUGGCAUUAUUACUUUGCCAACGCACUGCCGCGACUACUACUGAACCCAGCAACGUUUUUGCUUUGUAUUCCAGUUGCUGUCAUGAACACAUCGACGUGUAGGCGAAGCUUGGAUCUGCUCAUUCCACUAAUUAGUUUUGUGGCACUUUAUAGCUUCCUUCCGCAUAAGGAAUGGCGCUUUAUCCUCUACGUAAUACCGGGUCUAACUGCAGUGGCUGCAGACGGGGCAGCUUGGAUCUGGACUCGCAGAUCAAAAUCCUUUGUAUACGCCACCCUGAGCUUGGCCUUGCUAGGAUCAGUUCUGGUAUCAUUCGCUGCAUCUACUGCGAUAUUGGGUAUCUCCAGCCUCAACUAUCCCGGAGGCGAAGCUCUUCAUACCCUACACAAAGAGAUGGGACAUCCGGACAGAAACCACUUUAACGUGUACUUUGAUAAUCUAGCUUGCCAAACAGGCGUCACACGUUUUCUCGAGAGCCACAGAGGACCCCAGACGGUACUUGAUGUCCUUGAAGCACAGGAUACACUGAAUAGCAGAACAUGGACAUACGACAAGACCGAAGACCCAGUCGCACUUCUAGACCCAAUGUUCUGGACCAAGUUUGACUAUGUUCUUGCCGAGAGACCAGAGAAGGUGAUUGGUAGCUGGGAGGUAGUUCAUACUGUGUAUGGAUUUGGCGGAGUCAGACUUCUGAAGCCAGGAGAAGAGAGCGGCUUCCUGGUCGAGUAUUCGGAUACAACAGAAGAAAAGGUCACAUCGCAAGACAAGCGGGCUUCGAAGGUUGCAGCGACAUGGCAUGGAUUGGAAAAGCUAUUAAGGAAUGGCCUAUUGCGAGGAUACUGGGCUGAGAUCCGGAUGGAGCCAAAGAUCCAUAUCUUGCAGAACCAGAUGAAAUAUCUACCACCUGAAUACUGCGAGUUUGGUGGCACGACCAAGAAGUGUGAGGAAUGGCUGGCAGAGGCGCAUCCAGAUCUGCACGCGAAGCUGUAUUCAGCAGAAGCGCUACAGCAGAACAUGGCCUCGCUUUCCGUCGACGCCCAAAAACGCGCCGAGAAAGACGCACAAAAGAAAGCGGCCAAAGCCGCAACCGCCGAAGCACGAGCAGCUGAGACACGCGCCUCCUCCAAGAUCCUCAUCAAACGCAUAGAACGCAACAAGCGCAAAUACGUCACCGCCGUACAGGGUUUGGAAGCCUUCGGUCUCGACAUUAAGAAGGUUGCCAAGGACUUUGGCAAGAAGUUCGCUACGGGAUCAAGUGUGACCAAAAUCCCGGGUGGGGGCGAGGAAAUCACUGUGCAAGGUGAUCUGAGCGACGAUAUCUUGGAGUUCAUGGUGGAGAAGUACGAGGUACCUGAGGAUAACUGCGAAUUGGUAGAGGACAAGAAGAAGAAGAAGGCCGAGGGAGGCUGA